AGAGUGACCUUCUCUUUAUCUGACAGCCUAGGAGGCUGGUGUUGGACAUGUCCUCAUCUUUUCUUUGGAGUUUAGUUAUUUUAUUGACAUUUGCUGAAUUAAAUGGUGAUGCUGAAGGACAUGAGCUGCAGCGACAAAAAAGAAGCACUGAUCUCCAACAGCCUAGGAUGUCUACAGAGAGGGGAAAUUUAGUGUUUCUUACGGGGUCUUCCCAAAACAUUGAAUUUAGAACUGGAUCCCUGGGAAAAAUUAAAUUAAAUGAUGAAGACUUCAGUGAAUGUUUACAUCAGAUCCAGAAAAACAAAGAUGAUAUUACAGAUUUAAAAGGGAGUACAAUUGGUCUGCCUCAAAAUAUAUCUAGCCAAAUCCACCAGCUUAAUUCCAAGCUUGUGGAACUUGAGAGAAAAUUUCAAGGCUUACAACUGACAGUUGACAAAAAGGUUUGCAGCAGCAAUCCCUGCCAGAAUGGUGGAACCUGCCUCAAUCUGCAUGAUUCCUUUUUUUGUAUCUGUCCCUCACAGUGGAAGGGUCCUCUCUGCUCUGCUGAUGUUAAUGAGUGUGAAAUUUACUCAGGAACACUGUUGAGCUGCCAGAAUGGAGCCACGUGUAUAAAUACAGUGGGAAGUUACAGCUGUCACUGUUCUCCUGAGACGUAUGGACCCCAAUGUGCAUCCAAAUACAAUGACUGUGAAGGGGGCUCAAUGGUGCGCUGUGUCCACGGCAUCUGUGAGGAUUUAGCCCGAGAACAAGCUGGAGAGCCCAAGUACAGCUGCAUCUGUGACGCCGGGUGGAUGUCCACAGGAAACAGCCCUGCCUGCACGCAAGACAUCGAUGAGUGCAGCCUCCAACCCGCGCCUUGCUCCUCCCUUGUGCAGUGUUACAACACUCCAGGCUCUUUCUACUGCGGGGCCUGUCCAACAGGUUGGCAAGGAAAUGGAUACAUUUGCGAAGAUAUCAAUGAAUGUGAAAUAAACAAUGGCGGCUGUUCUGUGGCUCCACCAGUGGAGUGUGUGAAUACGCCCGGAUCUCAUCACUGUCAGGCCUGUCCACCAGGGUACCAGGGAGAUGGAAGAGUGUGCACACUCAUAGACAUCUGCUCGGUCAAUAAUGGAGGCUGCCACCCAGAUGCGUCCUGUUCCUCGGCUCUAGGUUCCUUACCUCUUUGCACGUGUCUCCCAGGAUACACUGGAAAUGGCUAUGGGACAAAUGGAUGUGUGCAGCUCAGUGACGUUUGCCUAAGUCAACCCUGUUUAAACGGACAAUGCUUCGACACAGUCUCUGGUUAUUUUUGUAAGUGUGAAUCAGGUUGGACAGGUAUCAACUGCACAGAAAACAUCAAUGAGUGUUUGAGCAACCCCUGUUCAAAUGGGGGAACUUGUGUUGAUGGCAUUAAUUCUUUCAGCUGUGAAUGCACACGUUUCUGGACUGGCCCGCUAUGUCAGAUUGCCCAGCAAGUUUGUGGGGAGUCCCUCUCAGGGGUCAGUGGAAGCUUCAGCUACAGGACCCCCGAUGUUGGUUUUGUUCAUGACGUGAACUGCUUCUGGGUCAUCCGAACGGAAGUAGGAAAGGUCCUGCGUAUUUCCUUCACUUUUUUCCAAUUAGAAGCAGUGGACAAUUGUCCACAUGAGUUUCUUCAGGUUUAUGAUGGAGAUUCUUCUGCAGCUUUUCAGCUUGGGAGGUUCUGUGGCUCUUACCGCCCUCGUGAACUCCUCAGCAGUGACAAUGCGCUCUACUUUCAUCUCUACUCCGAGCAUUUAAGAAACGAGAGAGGCUUCACAGUGCAAUGGGAAACACAGCAGCCAGAGUGUGGAGGUGUACUGAUUGGUCCUUAUGGCUCUCUUAAGUCUCCGGGCUACCCUGGAAACUACCCCCCAGGAAGAGAUUGUAUCUGGAAGAUUGUAACCAGUCCUGGCCUCCUGAUAACAUUUACUUUUGGGACACUGAGUAUGGAGCACCAUGAUGAUUGCAGCAAAGAUUAUCUUGAGAUUCGGGACGGUCCCUUGCUUCAGGAUCCUGCUCUUGCAAAAUUCUGCACCACGUUCUCUGUACCACCACUCCAGACCACGGGUCCUUUUGCCACAGUUCAUUUUCAUUCGGACUCCCAGAUUAGUGACCAAGGCUUCCAUAUUACCUACUUAACAUCACCUUCGGAUCUCCAUUGUGGUGGGAACUACACAGACCCAGAGGGUGAACUCCUUCUUCCUGAGUUGUCUGGGCCUUUUGUCCACCCCAGGCAAUGCAUCUAUAUUAUUAAGCAGCCUCAGGGAGAACAGAUACAAGUCAACUUCACCUACGUGGAGCUGGAAGGCCAGAGCGCCUGUUCGCAGAAUUAUAUUGAGGUUCGAGAUCAUCAAACCCUACUUGGAAAAAUCUGUGGCAAUGAAACCAUCUCUCAUAUUAAAUCCAUUACUAAUAUUAUCUGGAUCAGGUUUAAAAUAGAUGCUUCUGUUGAAAAAGCUAGUUUCAGAGCUCUUUAUCAAGUUGUUUGUGGGGGUGAAUUAACUGGAGAAGGGGUCAUUCGCUCACCUUUUUAUCCUGAUGUGUAUCCUGGAGAAAGAAUUUGUAAGUGGACCAUCCGUCAACCCCAUAGCCAAGUAGUUCUUCUCAAUAUCACUAGCUUUGAAAUUGGAAGUUCUGCUCACUGUGAUAUGGAUUAUAUUGAGAUCGGUAGCAGCUCCAUUUUGGGUUCUCCUGAAAAUAAGAAGUACUGUGGCACAGACAUACCUUCAUUUAUAACAUCUGUGUACAAUUUUCUUUAUAUCACAUUUGUAAAAAGUUCUUCUACUGAAAAUCAUGGUUUCAUGGCGAAGUUCGGCACUGAGAAUUUGGCGUGUGGAGAAAUUCUUACAGAGUCAACAGGAACUGUUAAAAGUCCUGGCCAUCCAAAUAUCUACCCCCAUGGUAUCAACUGUACCUGGCAUAUAUUAGUCCAACCUAACCACCUGAUUCGUUUGACAUAUGUAGUAUUUCAUCUGGAGUUUCAUUACAAUUGCACCAAAGACUACCUGGAAGUUUAUGACACUGACUCUAAGACAUCUCUUGGGAGAUAUUGUGGAAAAUCAUUCCCACCUUCUCUUACAAGCAGUGGCAACUCACUAAUGCUGAUAUUUGUGGCUGACUCUGAUCUCGCUUAUGAAGGUUUUUUGAUAAACUAUGAAGCAAUUGAUGCAUCAACAGCAUGCUUGGAAGACUACACAGAUGAUUUUGGAACUUUAGCCUCUCCAAACUUCCCCAAUAAUUACCCUGACAACUGGGAAUGCAUUUACAGGAUCACGGUGGAAACCAGCCAGCAGAUUGCAUUGCACUUCACAAACUUCUCCUUGGAGGAGCCUAUUGGUGAAAACUGUUUAGCAGACUUUGUGGAAAUCAGAGAUGGAGGCUAUGAAACUUCACCAUCCCUGGGAAGAUAUUGUGGCUCAAAUCUACCUCCAAUAAUUAUCUCUCAUAGUAACAAACUAUGGCUAAAAUUUAAGAGUGACCUAAUACUCUCAAGUUCUGGGUUCUCAGCUUACUGGGAUGGGUCAUUAACAGGUUGCGGGGGCAACAUCACCACUUCCAAAGGCACAUUCACGUCUCCCAACUACCCGAUGCCUUACUACCACGGGUCCGAAUGCUUCUGGUGGUUGAAAGCCAGCCGUGGCAGCCCAUUUGUCCUGGAAUUCAAAGACUUCCACUUGGAGCAUCAUCCGAACUGCACUUUAGAUUACCUGGCUGUAUAUGAUGGCCCAAGUACCAGCUCACAUCUGCUAACUCAGCUUUGUGGGGAUGAAAAACCACCUCUUAUCCGUUCUAGUGGAGACAGUAUGCUUUUAAAACUGAGGACAGAUGAAGGUCAGCAAGGACGUGGCUUCGAGGCUGAAUACUGGCAGACAUGUGAGAACGUGGUAAUAGUCAAUCAAACCUAUGGCAUCUUGGAGAGUAUAGGUUAUCCAAAUCAUUAUUCUGACAAUCAACGUUGUAACUGGACCAUCCAAGCAACAGCUGGCAACACUGUGAACUACACAUUCUUAGCAUUUGAGGUGGAAUAUCACACAAACUGCUCCACAGAUUACUUAGAGCUCUAUGAUGGCCCACAGUGGAUGGGGCGCUACUGUGGAGUAGACCUACCCGCUCCAGGAAAUACCACAAGCUCCAGGCUUCAAGUGCUGUUCCAUACCGAUGGGGUUGGCCACCGUGAGAAAGGAUUUCAGAUGCAGUGGUUUGUUCACGGCUGUGGUGGGGAGAUGUCUGGAGCCUUGGGCUCCUUCAGUAGCCCCGGGUAUCCUAACAGGUACCCACCCAACAAGGAGUGCAUCUGGUACAUUCGGACGACCCCUGGAAGUAGCAUUCAGCUCACCAUCCAUGAUUUCAAUGUGGAGUAUCAUACGAGAUGCAACUUCGACGUCCUGGAGAUCUACGGAGGCCCUGAUUUCCACUCUCCCAGAAUAGCCCAGUUGUGUGCCCAAAUGUCAUCUGAGAACCCCAUGCAGGUCUCCAGCACUGGAAAUGAGCUAGCAAUCCGAUUUAAGACCGACAGUUCCAUAAAUGGGAGAGGUUUUAAUGUCUCAUGGCAAGCAGUCCCUGGAGGUUGUGGUGGAAUUUACCAGGCUCCCAAUGGAGAGAUUCAUUCUCCAAAUUAUCCCAGACCUUAUAGAAGUAACACUGAUUGUUCUUGGGUCAUUCGAGUUGACAGAAAUCACCAUGUUGUCUUGAACUUCACUGACUUUGAUCUUGAACCUCAGGACUCUUGUAUUAUGGUGUAUGAUGGUUUAAGCUCCGUAACCACUCGUCUUGCCAGGAUGUGUGGAAGAGAGCAGCUGACUACUCCCAUCAUCUCUUCAGGAAACAGCCUCUUUGUGAGAUUUCUGUCUGGCUCUUCCGGACAGAGCAGAGGCUUCCGAGCUCAAUUCAGGCAAGCCUGUGGAGGCUACAUCCUCACGGACUCUUCUGAUACUAUUUCCUCUCCAUUGUUCCCUGCCAAGUAUCCAAACAAUCAGAACUGCAGCUGGACAAUUCAAGCUCAACCUCCAUUCAAUCAUAUUACCCUCUCAUUUAACCACUUCGAACUUGAAAGAAGCACAGCAUGUACAGACGACUUUGUAGAAAUUUUGGAUGGCAGCCACCAAGACGCACCCCUUCGAGGCCGUUACUGUGGCACCUCCAUGCCCCACCCCAUCACAUCCUUCAGCAGUGCCCUGACGCUGAGGUUUGUCUCUGAUUCUGGAGUGAAUUCUGAUGGAUUCCAUGCCACAUAUGCUGCCUCAGCAUCGGCUUGUGGUGGAAGCUUCCACAUGGCUGAAGGCAUCUUCAACAGCCCUGGCUACCCAGAAGUUUAUCCCCCUAAUGUGGAAUGUGUCUGGAACAUUGUCAGUUCCCCUGGCAACCGGCUCCAGCUGUCUUUUAUAUCUUUCCAGUUGGAAGACUCUCAGAACUGCAGCAAAGAUUUUGUGGAGAUUCGAGAAGGAAACGCCACGGGUCACCUGGUGGGACAAUACUGUGGAAACUCCCUCCCUCUCAAUUAUUCGUCCACUGCUGGGCACAUCCUGUGGGUCAGAUUUAUCUCAGAUGGCUCGGGCAGUGGCACAGGCUUCCAGGCCACGUUUACUAAGAUAUUUGGCAAUGAUAAUAUUGUGGGAACGCGUGGGAAAAUCGCCUCUCCGUUCUGGCCUGGAAAUUAUCACCAUAACUCCAAUUACCAAUGGAUAGUAAAUGUGAAUGUGUCUCAAGUUAUCCAUGGUAGAAUCUUGGAGAUGGACAUUGAAGAAACACAAAACUGCUAUUAUGACAAACUAAGGGUUUAUGAUGGGCUUGGCAUUCAUUCCCGCCUGAUUGGAACUUACUGUGGCACCCAGACUGAAUCUUUUAGCUCCACUAGAAAUUCCUUGACAAUUCAUUUUCUUUCUGAUACUUCAGUCUCAGGGAAGGGAUUUCUUCUGGAGUGGUUUGCAGUAGAUGAACCUGUUGGACUUUUACCUACCAUUGCUCCAGGUGCUUGUGGUGGCUUCCUGAGGACAGGGGCUGAGCCAGUCUUUUUUUUCUCCCCGGGUUGGCCCAGCAGCUACAGUAAUAGGGCUGAAUGUACGUGGCUUAUCCAGGCUCCUGAUUCCACUGUGGAACUCAACAUCCUUUCUCUGGAUAUUGAAUCUCACCGAACAUGUGCCUAUGACAGCCUUGUGAUAAGAGAUGGAGACAGUAACUUGGCCCCGCAGCUAGCGGUUCUGUGUGGCAGCGACAUUCCCGGGCCCAUCCGGUCUACUGGAGAGUACAUGUUUAUCCGCUUCACUUCUGACGUCAGUGUAACCAGGGCAGGCUUCAAUGCGUCCUUUCACAAGAGCUGUGGUGGAUAUUUGCAUGCAGACAGAGGAAUUAUCACAUCUCCCAACUAUCCUGAGACCUACACGUCCAGCCUCAACUGCUCUUGGCAUGUCCUGGUCCAAAGUGGUCUGUCCAUUGCUGUCCAUUUUGAACAACCCUUCCAGAUUCCAAAUGGAGAUUCUUCCUGCAACCAGGGGGAUUACUUGGUGCUAAAAAAUGGACCUGAUAUCUAUUCUCCACCCUUGGGACCCCCUGGAGGAAACGGUCAUUUUUGUGGCAGUCGUGCUUCAUUGACUCUCUUCACCUCAGAUAAUCAAAUGUUUGUUCAGUUUAUUUCUGAUAUUAGUAAUGAAGGGCAAGGAUUUAAGAUCAAAUAUGAAGCAACGAGUUUAGCCUGUGGGGGCAACCUCUACAUCCAUGAUGCUGAUUCUACCGGAUAUGUGACCUCCCCCAACUACCCUGACAAUUAUCCACAGCAUGCUGAUUGCAUUUGGGUCUUAGUGGCUCCACCAGGAACACGCAUAAGGCUGCUAUUUGAAGAUCAAUUCAAUAUUGAAGUAACACCCAACUGUACAUCCAGUUACCUCGAGUUGCGAGAUGGCGCUGAUUCAAAUGUACCAAUACUUGCCAGAUUGUGUGGGAUAUCUUUACCCAGCAGUCUGUUGUCCUCAGGAGAGGUCAUGUAUUUGAGAUUUCGAUCUGACAAUAGUCCUACUCAUGUGGGAUUCAAGGCCAUGUAUUCUAUAGCUCAAUGUGGGGGAAGAGUAACAGGACAAAGUGGUGUCAUUGAAAGCAUUGGCUAUCCAACACUUCCAUACAGAGACAAUUUAUUCUGUGAGUGGCAUCUCCAGGGUCUCUCUGGACACUUUCUCACCAUCUCUUUUGAAGAUUUUAACCUCCAGAAUUCCCCUGACUGUGAAAAAGACUUUGUGGAGAUCUGGGACAACCAUACCUCUGGAAAUGUCUUGGGCAGAUACUGUGGAAACACCAUUCCUGACAGCAUAGACACUUCUAGCAAUAUUGCUUUGGUCAGAUUUGUCACAGAUGGUUCUCUUACUGCCUCAGGAUUCAGACUGCGGUUUGAAUCCAGCUUGGAAGAAUGUGGUGGGGAUCUGCAGGGCUCCACGGGAACACUGACUUCUCCCAACUACCCAAACCCAAAUCCUCAUGGCCGAAUCUGUGAGUGGAGGAUCACCGUGCAGGAGGGAAGACAGAUCACCCUAACGUUUACCAACCUGAGGCUGGAAGCUCAUCCAUCCUGCGACAGUGAACAUGUGAUAGUAUUCAAUGGCCUUAGGAGUAACUCACCCCAGCUGGAGCAAUUGUGUAGUAGUGUGAAUGUCAGCAACGAGAUCAAAUCUUCAGGCAACACAAUGAGGGUCGAGUUUUUUACUGAUGGAUCCAGACCAUAUGGAGGCUUUGCUGCUUCCUACACAUCCAGUGAAGAUGCAGUGUGUGGUGGGUCUCUUCCAAAUGACUCUGAAGGAAACUUUACUUCUCCUGGCUAUAAUGGAAUCAGUAAUUACUCAAGAAACCUAAACUGCGAAUGGACUCUCAGCAAUCCGAAUGAGGGCAAUUCAUCCAUUUACAUUCAUUUUGAAGAUUUUAACCUAGAAAGUCACCAAGACUGUCAGUUUGAUGUCCUUGAGUUUCGAGUGGGUGAUGCUGAUGGACCCCUGAUGUGGAGACUUUGUGGCUCUUCAAAACCUACAGUGCCGCUGGUUAUACCUUAUCCUCAGGUGUGGAUACACUUUGUCACCAAUGAACAUGUAGAACAUGUUGGAUUCCAUGCAGAGUAUUCCUUUACGGAUUGCGGUGGAAUACAGAUGGGUGAGAGUGGAGUGAUCACAAGUCCCAACUAUCCAGAGUCUUAUGACAGCUUGACCCACUGCUCUUGGUUGUUGGAAGCCCCACAAGGGCACACCAUCACUCUUACAUUUAGUGACUUUGAUCUUGAACCCCAUACCGUAUGUGCUUGGGACUCUGUCACUGUCCGGAAUGGUGGCUCCCCUGGAUCACCCAUAAUAGGACAGUACUGCGGAAGUUCAAACCCCAGGACAAUCCAGUCUGGUUCCAAUCAGCUUGUGGUGAUUUUUAACUCAGACCGGUCACUGGAAGGUGGUGGAUUUUAUGCUACAUGGAGCACACAAACUUCAGGUUGUGGUGGAAUAUUUCAUUCAGAUAAUGGUACAAUCACAUCUCCUCACUGGCCUCAGAAUUUUCCCGAAAACAGCCGAUGUUCCUGGACAGUCAUUGCCCACAAAAGUAAUCACUUGGAGAUCAGCUUUGACAACAACUUCCAGAUCCCCAGUGGUGAUGGACAAUGUCAGAACAGCUUCGUGAAGGUGUGGGCAGGAACUGAGGAGGUCGACAAGGCCCUGCUGGCCACGAGCUGUGGGAACGUGGCUCCCGGUCCUGUCAUCACACCAAGAAACGCGUUCACUGCCGUCUUCCAGUCUCAGGAGAUGCCGGCUCAGGGCUUCUCUGCGUCCUUUGUAAGCCGAUGUGGAAGUAAUUUCACAGGCCCUUCAGGAUACAUCAUUUCUCCAAACUACCCAAAACAAUACGACAACAAUAUGAAUUGUACAUAUGUCAUAGAGGCUGAUUCUCUGUCCAUAGUCCGCUUAACUUUUGUGUCUUUCCAUUUAGAAGCACGCUCAGCCGUGACGGGAAGCUGUGACAGCGAUGGGGUACACAUCUUCAGGGGCUCUAGCGUGGCGGCCACCCCUUUCGCUACCGUGUGUGGUGAUGAGAUGCUGGCUUCUAUUGCCACCACCGGGCCAGUGCUACUGAACUUCUACUCUAAUGCGCAAAUCACAGACUUUGGAUUCAAAUUUUCCUACAGGAUAACCUCCUGUGGUGGUGUGUUCAACUUCUCCAUUGGAAUCAUCAAGAGUCCUGAGUAUUCGUACUCAGACUACCCAAACAACAUGCACUGUGUGUAUACCAUCACCGUUCGUGACGACAGGGUGAUUCAGCUCAAGUUCAGUGAUUUUGAUGUGGCUCCCUCCACCUCCUGCUCGCACGACUACCUGGCAAUUUAUGAUGGUGCCAAUGUCAGUGAUCCCCUUCUUGGACAAUUCUGCGGUUCCAAGCGCCCACCAAAUAUUAAGAGCAGUAAUAAUAGUAUGCUCCUGGUGUUCAAGACAGAUUCAUUUCAAACAGCAAGAGGCUGGAAGAUAGUUUUCCAGGAGACAUUGGGGCCUCAGCAAGGAUGUGGUGGUUACCUGACGGAUUCCAAUAAUACCUUUGUCUCUCCUGAUUGGGAUGCAAAUGGAAGAUAUGACAAGAAUUUAAACUGCAUAUGGUUCAUAAUUGCACCUGAGAACAAACUCAUUAAACUCACCUUCCAUACAUUCGCUCUUGAGGCACCAACAACUAUGCAGAGAUGCAUUUAUGAUUAUGUGAAGUUGUAUGAUGGGGAUAGUGCCAAUGCCAACUUGGCUGCAACAUUCUGUGGUUCCACCAUACCUGUUCCUUUUAUCUCUUCUGGUAACUUCCUCACGGUUCAAUUUGUCAGUGACUUAACUUUAGAAAGGGAAGGAUUUAACGCUACAUAUACCAUCGUGGACAUGCCUUGUGGUGGAACUUAUAAUGCAACUUGGACCCCACAAAAUAUUUCAUUGUCCGGUUCAUCAAACCCAUUUUCUAUCUGUACUUGGGUCAUUGAAGCUCCCCCACAUCAGCAGGUCAAGAUCACUGUGUGGGCAUUACAGCUGAGCUCUCAAGAUUGUGCUCAGGAUUACUUAGAGUUUCAGGACUCACCACAGAGUCAUGGAAAUCCUGGAAUUCAGUUCUGUGGCCGAAACACGUCAGCUGUGCCAGCGUUUUAUUCUUCGAUGAGUACUGCAAUGGUUAUAUUCAAAUCUGGAGUUUUAAGCAGAAACUCUAGAAUAAAUUUUACCUAUCAGAUUGCAGAUUGCAACAGAGAAUAUAAGAAGGCAUUUGGCAAUUUGAAGAGCCCCGGAUGGCCAGAUAAUUACAACAAUAACAUGGAUUGCAACGUUACUCUCACAGCUCCGCAGAACUAUACGAUUUCCCUCUUUUUUCAUUCAUUUGGCAUCGAGAACUCAAGUGAAUGUAGACAUGAUUUCCUGGAGGUAAGAAAUGGAAGUAGCAGCGAUUCACCGUUACUUGGCAAGUACUGUGGAGCUCUGCUACCAAAUCCUGUCUUCUCUCAACACAAUGAACUGUACCUGCGGUUUCAGAGUGACAGUGCCAUCUCCAGUCGUGGAUAUGAGAUCAUCUGGACCUCGUCACCCUCUGGCUGUGGUGGGACUCUUCAUGGGGACAGAGGCACAUUCACCAGCCCUGGCUACCCAGGCACGUACCCAAACAACACUCACUGCGAGUGGAACCUCACUGCUUCUGCUGGAAGAUUUGUCACCAUCAGCUUUUACUUCAUCAGCAUCGAUGACCCAGGAGACUGUGUCCAGAACUAUCUCAUCCUUUAUGAUGGCCCCAAUGCCAACGCCCCAUCCUUGGGCCCAUACUGUGGAGCAGACACUAGCAUAGCUCCUUUUGUGGCAUCCUCAAAUCGGGUCUUCAUAAAAUUUCACGCUGAUUAUGCAGCGCGCCCGUCCGCAUUCCAGCUAAUGUGGACCAGCUGA